CCCAAGGAAGGACUACGAAUCCCAGCAAGCAGUUCGUGGCGUGAGGGCGCAGGAGGAGGAGCUCAGAGCCGUUGGGCCCCGCGGAGCCAGGCGGCGGCGGCGGCAGCGGCAGCACCCGGCGGGGGUGACCAUGGGGAAGCGUUACUUCUGCGACUACUGCGACCGCUCCUUCCAGGACAACCUCCACAACCGCAAGAAGCACCUGAACGGGCUGCAGCACCUCAAGGCCAAGAAGCUCUGGUACGACAUGUUCCGAGAUGCAGCUGCCAUCUUGCUGGAUGAACAGAACAAGCGGCCCUGCAGGAAGUUUCUACUGACAGGCCAGUGCGACUUUGGCUCCAACUGCAGAUUUUCCCACAUGUCAGAGCGAGACCUGCAGGAGCUGAGUAUGCAGGUGGAGGAGGAGAGGCGGGCCAGGGAGUGGCCACUAGACGUCACCGAGCUCCCUGAGGUCCACGUGGAGGACUGGCUGGAGAAGAGAGCCCAGCGGCUGAGCUCGGCCCCAAGCAGCAGGGCUGAACCCAUCAGAGCCACUGUCUUCCAGUACCCAGUGGGCUGGCCACCAGUCCAGGAGCUUCCUCCAUCCCUGCGGGCACCCCCACCUGGGGGCUGGCCCCUGCAGCCCAGCGUCCAGUGGGGCUGAGUCCCUUAUCCCUGCCUAGUCAGCCCUCCAAUCAGCCACAAUCAAGAUAAGGGCUUGUACGGGGGACACCCAGGCCCCCUCCUGCUGCACCCCAUGGAGCAUCUGAAACUAAAGACUGGGCCUGGCCUGGCCUCUCUGAGGCCUAAGCUUCCUCCCCAACCAGGUGCAGCCCUGGUCCUGGCUCUGAGCCAGGCAGCUCCACCACCCCCACCCCAACAGGACAUCUUGAGAAGACUUCCUUCCAGAUGUUUAUAAAGAAAGUCUGUCACCACC